AUGCUACGAGGCCUGACUGAUCGACCAAAUGUACAAUCUACCCUAAUCCUCUCCAGAAAAGACGGUUCCAUCGUCAGAGCCACAGGCAUUGUUGUCUCGGGAAGGCCAGGUACCACAGGAGCUGGAACAUCAUACCCGUGGCCGCGAGCGCAGGGAGAGGGUCAAAAACCAGAUGGAAACCAGGAGGGAGAUGCUGUUCUUGAAGGACAAGACCAAGAUGGCGGUGUCACCCAGCUGAAAGCUGUCGAACUGCUUGCUUCCUCCAUCUUUCAAUUCGUCACCAAUGCUAGCAUGCUCGGGUUCACUCUUGGGUCCACAUCUCGCAGCGCGUCAGGACCAGACGGGUCGUCAUCCUACGGAGACCCAACGACAUUCUCGAAACAAGAGCCGAAUGCUGAAGAAGAAUCGGACCAAAAGGUUGGUGAGGACGAAAUACAGUUACUUCGGCUCCGAACCAGACACCAAGAAAUCAUUAUCUUUCCGGACCCGAAUUACAUAUGCUGUGUAGUUCAAAGAGUGGGCAAGGCUGGAAACAUUCCUGACAGACGAUGA